UACUUUUUGUUUACUCGAUUCACAAUUCGCAAUUUUGGAUUUUCACGUUAUUUCUUGCUUCAUAGUUAAUUUUCCUCGUAAAUUUGUUCACUUAACGGUAAUAUUUCGACAGUUGCUAUUAAAUUCUAUAACUUGGUCAAAUUCAAAGAAAUGGAGGAACUACUUCGCCGAGUGUCGAAAUUGGAAGAGGUCGUGACUCAAAUGGCGAAAUGGACACAUUUUUCGGAUGUGGUGGAUUUUGGUAUUUUGUGUACUGAUGUUACUGCCGAUAAGUUACCCACCUCACCGCCACCGGAAUCUGAUGUUAAAUCGCCAUCUUCAUCCAAAAAACGAAUUCGUGCCAAGAGGAAGCAAUCCUUUGAUAAGGGGGAAGGGAAUUAUUGUGGUGAACACGACGCAACGGAGGAGGUGAAAAAAAUGUACGUCGUCGAAGACACCGUUCCAUUUCCGGGAUUGAGCACGCCCAGCAUUCUACCUGAUAAUGGAACGGGUGACACAAUUGUUGAAGAAAUUGAAGAGGAAUUCGUCAAAGUGGAGGAUUAUGCGGUUGAUUUAGACGACAAUGAUCAUUUAGGAGAGGAAUUCCGCUGUGUAGAUUACACAGGUGCUGAACACGUCCCGGAUUCUAUGAGCGGUUCAGAAAACGAGGAUAAUUUUAACCAAGAUUUCCAAUACGACAAUGCCUCCGGGCUCAGGACAAGAAAAUCACUAAGAAAAACUCAAUUCCGCUGGAACGAGAUGAAAGACUUAUUCCUCAUUGAGCAUGUUUCUCGAUUAAAACCAAUCCUAGCGAGUGGUAGUGAAUCUCGCAAAUCGUGGUAUGAAAUCUCAUCCCUCGUGAACAAAGAGUUUGACACGGACGUGACCGAUUUAGCAGUUAAGAGAAGGUUUAAUCUCCUGUUAGAUAGUCACAAGCGCGAGGAAAGCUUCCAUAAUCGGUAUAAGUCUGGUCUUGACGAUGUGGUGCGAGAUAUUCGAGAGAAAUUGGACAUUUUGGCGAACCUUUCAGCGACAUAUAAACUACAACAGAAUAAUUCAAGACAAGAGCUUCUGAACAAAAUAAGAUAACAUGAAGCAGAAAUUUAUCGACUUGUGUUAAAACAUCGUUAUCUCCAUUUAAAUAUCAUAAUGUUUAAUGACGUUGUACAUAAAUAUGCAGUUUAGCUAAAGUGCAUGUCAUCUAGGUAAAAGUAACUUAGGAUUAAUUGUAGAGUGAUCCUUACGUAUUUAAUGUAGUGAACAUUUUUGCAAUUUAGUCAUGUCUGCAAAAUUUUAAUGUACGAAUAACUUAUGUACAUAAACUAUGCAUGAGUUAUGUCUGUUUUUGUAAGUAUGUAACACGCACCUGCAAACUCGUAUGCAUUUAUGAAUUUGUAUUUAACUUGUACGAAUUUUAGUCUGUUUUUGUUACCCAAAGUUUUAAUGGCAUUUUAUGUGGCUUUUCACUACACAACAAAUUUUAUAUCAAAUUAAAUAAGUUUAUAAUAAAUCAUUACACUUAACAAUCGA